GGGCACGCCACUUGCUUCAAGGCUCUCUAAAGAGUAUCCAGGCAGUACCUCAGGUCCUUUAGGCUUCCUUGCCUCCAUCUUGCACCGUGCAGGUUUUGGAAGACAAGAGCUGCUUCUUACACGUCCAGUUAGCUUCAGCCUCCUACAGAGAGGCAAUGCCGAGACCCCGGAAGAGGCAGACUGGGGCCGCUGGUCCAGACAAGAAGCAGCUAUCCGGAAAACGCACCAAAACUGAAAACUCAGAAAGUGUGUCAGUUAAGCUAGAGAAUUCCAGCCUUGAGAAGACUACAACCUUUAAAACCUGUGGCAAGAACUUAAGCAACUACUGGCUGAUGAAGUCAGAGCCAGAAAGCCGGCUAGAGAAAGGUAUAGACAUGAAGUUCAGCAUCGAGGAUCUCCAAGCACAGCCCAAGCAGACAACUUGCUGGGAUGGUGUUCGCAACUAUCAGGCUCGGAACUUCCUCAGGGCCAUGAAACUGGAGGAUGAAGCCUUCUUCUACCAUAGCAACUGCAAACAGCCAGGCAUCGUGGGACUUAUAAAGAUUGUAAAGGAGGCUUACCCAGAUCAUACACAGUUUGAGAAAAAUGACCCCCAUUACGACCCAUCCAGCAAAGAGGACAACCCUAAAUGGUCAAUGGUGGAUGUACAGUUUGUUCGGAUGAUGAAGCGCUUCAUCUCCCUGGAUGAGCUGAAAACCUAUCACCAAGCCCACAAAGCGACUGGUGGUCCCUUAAAAAGCAUGACUCUCUUCACCCGCCAGAGACUUUCAGUUCAGCCUCUGACUCAAGAAGAAUUUGAUUUUAUUUUGAGCCUGGAGGAAGCAGAACCAAGUUAAUCAGAAGGCUCUACUGGUGGAUGGAGUGACCGCACCGAGAUUUCCUGAGACAGCAGGAGAAAGCUUGCUGUUUCAACUGGGGGUCAUAUGCAUGGGUGGCUUAAUUUUCCCAAUAAAGAUUUAAUGACAAGGC